AUGGAUCAGUGUGCCGACGUUCUGUUGGCCUUUUCGCCGCCCAGCGACCUGACCGACAACGAGGCCUACCACAAGGCUGCCCUGAUCCACACCCAGCGAUUGUCCAAGCUCCUCAAAGAGCGUUCCAAAGAACUUGUGACCUUCAGCAAAGAGCUCCUCAACGUCGUCGACCCCAGUUACAACUCGCUAUCCUACCUAGCCAUACUACAUGCCGUUCUGAUUCCGAGUCCAGCGGCCAAAGUCGAACAGGAAUUCGUAUUAGACAAACUCGUCACAUUUAUGAUGCUUUUUGAUGGACGGCAGUGUCGGUAUGGAGGAUUAAAUCUACUGGAUAUAAUGGAAGCCGUGGGAAGUGGCCGGCUGUUGCCACCCUCCGUAGCAGUCAAAUGCCUUGCUUCUGCUAUCUUAAGGCUCGAUCCAUCCGGCGCUAUGCUUACCUCCUCACAUCUCAUUCUGGCGAGACUUGCAUACGACACAGAUAAUAUUCAGCCUGCCUUACCUGUUAUCGAUAAGCCCAUCGUCUAUUACCCUGGCGCGCCAGACAACAAUAAUACUCAGUAUCUAUGUGAUCUAGAACUACCUCCCCCCUCGUACAUCUCAAAAUCUACGGGUCUUACAUCACAACUCAAGACCUCAUUGGUGCUGGAAUAUGAUUUGAUCCGUGGUAUGAUGUACUGUGAAAGAAGAGAUUGGCGGAAGGCACGAGAUGCGUUUGAGGGGAAUGUCACAUAUCCAGCUAGAGAUGGAGGCUGUAGUAAGAUUAUGGUGGACUCGUUCAAGAAAUGGAUUCUCGUGAACUUACUUGCGAACGGAAGACACGGUAACACGCCAUCUCGUACAAAUGCCUCAACAUCCAAGAUUUUCGGACUAUUAGGUAGACCAUAUGUGUCACUCGCAACGGCUUUUACAACCGACGACGUCGAGCAGUUGAGGCUCGAAGCACAACAGAAUGCACAAGUAUGGAUGGAAGAUGGAAACGCGGGAUUAGUGGAGGAGGUCAUGGCGUCAUAUCAAAAGUGGCGCGUUCUCUCACUGCAGGACAUAUACACCAAGAUAUCGAUUGCUGAAAUUCGCCAGAUGACUAAGAGUGCUGAGACAGGCUUUGCUCUAAGCAAGGACGAAGACGUCGAGGCGCUUAUUCAGAAUAUGAUCAUAGCAGCAAUGCUCAACGGCGUCAUCGAGAAGAAUGAUGAUGGAACAAAAUUCCUGCAAUUUCUAUCCCCUACAGCACACUCAGAAGCUGAUGUUGCACGUGAGAUGAAAAACGCAGCAGCUAUAGUCCAUCAUCUAAGACGGGUCUCUGCCUCCACAGAUCACCGUCUCGGACACUCCAAGGAGUUUAUCAAGUUUCUCAUGAAAGAAGCAAAGCGCGAGAAGUCCGGUGAGACCCAGGAUCCGACCCUUGGAUUUGAAACUCUACUCGAGGAUGAGGACUUGAUGGGUGAUUCCAUGAAUGUCUAG